GUAGUCAUUUGGGCAAUCUGUUAACCUGACGUUUUCAAAAUUGUAAACAGUGGAAAAUGGCUGCGACGUCUCGAGCGAAAAAAAGAAUUCGAGUGACUCGCAAACCAAAAACUUGUCCGAAUCCACUUUUCGAGAAAUGGCUAAUUGAAUUGAAGGAGGAUGCUGUUAGAAAAGAGUCGAGACUGCAGUAUGUUUAUGGCAAGGCAUUGAAAUCAUUGCAGAAAUAUCCAUUAGUACUUGAAAGUGCCAAAGAAUGCAAAGUGCUUCAGCAUUUUGGUGAGGGGUUGUGCAAAAUAAUUGACAAGAAACUCACAGAGCACAUUGCCAGUGGAGGUACCCUCGGAAAUUGUUCAGAAUCAGAUGGCUCAGAUGAGGAUGACCGUCCUAGAAAACAGUCUAAGAAUGCAUCAAAAGAAUACAUUCCCACUAGACGAUCAGGGGCAUAUGCUUUACUUAUGGCACUUUACAAGCAUGCUACAGAUGGUUACCUGAAAAAGAAGGAUCUGCAAGAUUUAGCUCAACCUUACGCUGAUGUUUCAUUCUCCCAAACUGAUAUACUAAAUGCUCAGUAUUAUAAUGCUUGGUCAUCAAUGUCAACUUUGAUCAACAAACAUCUGGUGGGUAAAACAGGAAAUCCUGCAAAAUAUCAUCUGACAGACAGUGGCAGAAAUUUAGCUCGUCGGUUGGACAAAGCCGAAUUUGAACUACAAAGCUCUUCAAUCUCUUCGUCAGCCUUUGACUCUAACUAUAGUGCAAAUGAAUUACCUGUAAAACCAGCGCCCCCCUUGCCAAAAGCUGCUUCUAAGGACGUGGAAAAAGUUCCUACAGUUAGAAAAGCUGCAAAAGCAAUCCAUCAAUCGACUGAACAAACAACGACGUUACGAAACAUUGAAUUACCUUCAACGAGUGGACUCCUUCAACCAAAGGACAUAAUUUUUUUAGACGAUGACGAAUUCGACAUGUAUCCCCAACAUAAUCUAUUGUUGAACUCAAAUGGACGAAUAAGUGCUCCCGCGAAGCCUGUUAUUGAACCUUCUGCUCCCGAAGAGGUAGUUGUUGUUGAAGAUCCCGAACCCGAACCCUACGUACAUGUUCGUGACAAGAUAACACUAAGAGCUGGCGAAUAUGACAUAGUCUUAUGCGUCGACACUGCAGAAGUCUCUGGAAGUAGCGGUUCUGGAAAUAAUCAAAAAGAAUCAGCAGCCAAAGCCUUUCAGAAUUGUGGAGUGCUUUACGAUGUACGCAAACUUUCGAUUGGUGAUUACUCGUGGAUCUGCAAGCCGAAAGCCAGUUCAGGAACUAGGUCUGAUCGUGAACUGGUGCUUCCAUAUGUCGUUGAACGUAAGCGAAUGGAUGACUUAGUUUCGAGUAUCAAAGACGGUCGAUUCAAAGAACAAAAGUUCCGAUUGAAACACAGUGGAUUAGUUCGUCCCAUAUAUUUGAUUGAAGAAUUCGGUAAUCGACUAAAUCUUGGUAUGCCGGAGGCUAGUGUGUUGCAAGCCAUCGCCAACACUUUGAUCAUCGAGAAAUUUCAAAUACAUUGGACACAAAAAUCUGAUGAGUCUGUUGGUUUCCUCGUCCAAAUGACGGAGCAAUUAACGGAACUCUACCGCGGUAAGACUGUGACAAGCAGAGGUUGUCAAGAAAAAGUUGGACAUGAUUGGCAGACAAGUUUAGUCACUUACAAAGAAGUGUAUACAAAUUCCACCAAAUCAAAGCCUUUGUCAGUGACCCAGAUGUUUGCCAAGCAGCUAAUGCAGCUUCACGCAUUAUCGGCAGACAAAGCUGAAGCCAUAAUCAAAAUUUAUCCAUCGCCUUAUGUACUGAUGGAAGCGCUCAAGGCUGCCGGAUCUUCUGCCAGCACUCUCCUCGCUUCCCUUGAAUAUGGAAAAGCCAAGAGAAAUAAAAUCGGCUUGACCGUUAGCUCACUUCUUGCCAAACUCUACACUGAAGACCGCCUUGACAAAUAAGUUGUUCGCAUCCUUGGUAUCAAAAUACCUUACGUUCAUUCCCCCUUUUUUUUGCCAAUCUGUUUUUUUUUUCAAGAAUUAUUGCAUUUUGUAUUUUAAUUCAGUCAUACAGUUUUCAGCUGGAGAUUUGAUUGGAAUAAGUCAGCAUCUCCAGAAUCCCUUGUUUAAAUUUGUUUGCAAUAAAGUUGAUCUUGUCAA